AUGACUUCUCGCCAGAACAACCCCGCCGCUGCAGGACUCGCCAACCUCAGCCGCCACUUCAACCUAGCUCGCUUCUUCGAGCAACCUUCUUCUUCCGAGAUUCGUCCUCGAUCUCGAAUUCCUGUCUUUUCUCGUCCUCCGGUCGUCGUCAUCCCAGCGACACCAUCCACUCUUUCACCAAAGUCUCCCUCUUCCAAGACGGAGGCUUCCAUUCUCAAACACGUCGAGCGUCUUCGCAAGGUUAAGGCCGCCCAGUCUACCUACAAGACCUCGGUGUUCAAGGCAGUGUCGAAGCCCGCCCAGCCCAGACCUGUCUCCCGACCAGCUUCCCGCGUACCCUCUUCAUCCUCCUCUUCAGGAGUGUCGUCGUCCUCUUCGCGUUCUGCCCGAACCGAAGAUUCGAUCAACGCACACAUCCAGAGGGUCGCGAAGGCAAGAGCAAAGUCGCCCGCUUCUGCUCGGUCGUCACCCGCGACAUCCCGGAAAGUGACGCCAAUUCAGCCUCUUCUUAUCAAGAAGCAGGCUCGAGCCACCGUCAACCUCGCCGAGGUUGACAACGACCUGGCUCGACUUUCUGUCGCACCCCUCGCAGUCAAAGCCUCGAAGCCCGAGGUCCCUGUCCUUCGAUCAUGCCUACGGUCGUCGACAGCUGCGAGAAGCACCAAGCCACGCCAAGUGCGCUUCGUGGACUACGGCGGUUGGAACAUCCACGGCGUUAAGGCAUUCAUCCCGGACUCUGCUCCGAAUUCUUUCGUUAGCCUUUCCGACGUCGAUUUGUUGCAACCGACGCAGUCGGGUCGGCAACGGGGCCCCGUCUACGACGGGAACUAUUCUCUGGCCAAGCCAGGCCAUGAGAUCCGUUGGCCACCCCCAACGCAUGAUGGCGAGGUUUUCGAAGGAUAUGAAGGGUAUCCCCCACAAUCCUGCCGCGCUUGCGCAAUGGCAGCCUCCAAGGGAACCCCGACCACUCGAUACCACGCCAACAUGCAGUCGAUCUGGUGCGGUGAGUGUCUUUCUGAUCCAGGCAGAAGACCUUACUUCGUCCCAGCUCUCGACCUCGAUGGCGAUGAUUCUCUCGACCGAUGCCCCGGCGGGAAACACAAUCACCAUCACCAAACCUGCCAGUAUUUCACGUCUGCCUACAAGGCAAACGUGAACUGGCUCUACGCUCAUUACCCUGAGCGCUACGACCAAUGCGACGCUGUCCUGGCCGAUUGA